AUGGCGACAACUGGCAAGGUGAUCAAAUGCAAGGCUGCAGUAGCCUGGGAGGCAGGCAAGCCCCUUUCUAUUGAGGAGGUGGAGGUGGCCCCACCCAUGGCCCAUGAGGUCCGGAUAAAGAUUUUUGCCACGGGUGUGUGCCACACAGAUGCCCACACAAUGAGUGGUAACGAUCCUGAAGGUGUCUUCCCCGUCAUCCUUGGCCACGAGGGCGCCGGCACAGUAGAGAGUGUUGGCGAGGGUGUCACCAAGUUUAAGCCUGGUGAUACGGUUAUCCCGCUGUAUGUGCCUCAAUGUGGAGAAUGUAAGUUCUGCAGAAAUCCCAAGACCAACCUUUGCCAGAAGAUCAGAGUGACCCAAGGUCAGGGCCUGAUGCCAGAUGGGACUAGCCGCUUCACUUGCAAGGGCAAGAAAGUGUUCCACUUCAUGGGAACAAGCACCUUCUCUGAGUACACCGUAGUGGCGGACAUUUCUGUGGCUAAAAUCAACGAAAAGGCUCCACUGGAAAAGGUGUGCCUCCUCGGGUGCGGCAUCUCCACGGGAUACGGUGCCGCCCUGAAUACCGCCAAGGUGGAACCUGGCUCCACGUGCGCAGUCUUUGGCCUUGGUGCCGUCGGCCUGGCUGCUAUUAUGGGCUGCCAAGUGGCAGGAGCGACACGCAUUAUCGGUGUGGACAUCAACCCGAGCAAAUUCGACAAAGCUAAGGAGUUUGGCGCCACCGAGUUCGUCAACCCCAAGGACCACAAAAAGCCCAUCAACGAGGUGCUGGUGGAAAUGACUGACGGCGGCGUGGAUUACUCCUUCGAGUGUAUCGGGAACGUGCAGAUCAUGCGAGCUGCUCUGGAGGCAUGCCACAAAGGUUGGGGUGAGAGCAUCAUCGCUGGUGUUGCCGGAGCUGGACAAGAGAUCUCCACAAGGCCCUUCCAGCUGGUGACAGGCCGCGUGUGGCGCGGCACUGCCUUUGGAGGCUGGAAGAGCGUAGAUAGCGUCCCCAAACUGGUGGAAGACUACAUGAGCAAGAAGCUGAAGGUGGACGAGUUCAUCACGCACACGCUGCCAUUCGACAAGAUUAAUGAGGGAUUCGACCUCAUGCAUGCUGGAAAGAGCAUCCGCACAAUCUUGACCUUCUAA